GAUUUUGAACGCUACGGUUUGCUUGGUCGCCCGUACUAAUUCACACAUGACGGUGAUUUAGUGGUUCUAAUUGUUUGUUAUUGUUGUUGCGGUGUUCUGAGGGUGUUUCUUCAAUAAAAACUAAAAAAAAAAUAAAAAAAAAUUAAAUUUUGAAAAAGUGUUCAUUUGAAUUUUGUCUGGAAAUUUUGGAACUUUGGAGGACGAACAACAGGAUAACACUCAAAAUGCACGCGAAAGUGGUUCUCAGCUUUGCGCUUCUACUACUUUUGGGUCUGCAGCGCACAGAGGCUUCACAUUGGAGCUAUCCCGAUCGAGAUUUAGAUGAAGCUUUUCCAAGUUGGGGUGGCAUCUGUGAUACUGGCACUCGUCAAAGUCCCAUCGAUCUGAGCAUAACGAAAUCAUUGAAGGGUGUGUUUGACGAACUCAAACUUGAUAACUUCGAUGAUAAACAAAGCGGUGUAACAAUCGUGAAUAACGGACAUUCCAUUCAACUGGCCAACUUUAACAAUGAAAUGGAGGUGGAAGGUGGUCCAUUGCUAGACGAAUAUGUUGUCGAGCAGGUGCACUUGCAUUGGUGGUCCGAGCACACCAUCAACAAGGUGCGCUACCCACUCGAGGCGCACAUAGUGAGUCGCAACAAGCGUUACGCCAAUAUCACAAUGGCGUCGAAUUUCAAGGAUGGUCUAACUGUUAUAGCGGUACUCUAUCAUGUAUCGAAUGAGCGCAAUGAAGCUAUCGACCAAAUUAUCGAUUACUUGGAUGAUGUGAAGGACUACGACAAAAUGAAUGAACCCGUGCGCAUGAAGAAGCCAUUUGUUGUGCGUCAACUCUUCCCCAAACUCAAUGGUUACAUGACUUAUGGCGGUUCACUGACUACGCCCUCUUGCGCUGAGGCGGUAACCUGGAUUGUGUUGAGCGAAACAUUCCCAGUCACUUUGAAGCAGGUUGACAGUUUCAAGGAGGUGCACUAUGAGGAAAAGCGUACUUUGAAGAAUAAUUAUCGCGAUUUACAAAAGCUCAAUAAUCGUCCAGUGAUAGUGGUGUUGCCGGAGGGAGAGAAGAGCGUCUCAGAUGCGGCUAGUCCGCUACAACUCUCUCUGGGCAGCCUAUUCUUUAUGCUGAUCGCAGCGAAAUUACUGUAAAGCACUGCAACCGUUAAGUUUAGUUUUCAGUAAAGGAAAGUUGUGCGAUAUUUCUUAUGAUUGGCCAUAAUUGUAACUGCAAACAAAGUGACAAUGAACAAAAUAUUUUUGUUUAAUUUAAUAUUAAUCGCUUAGAAAUUUGGAAAUUUCAAAACUGUGUCAUAACUAAAUAAUCUAGCUUUUAAAUGUUUAUACUAUAUGUAUAUGUAUGUAUACGCGUUAUUAUAUUUAAGUUCGGGUGGCAUCUCACUGUUACAUACAAUCACUUUGUAUUUAUGUAUUGUAUAUGUCUAUGUGUUAUUUAUGUGUGUAAAAUCGUUGUCCUAGUCAAAUAAUAAAAAGCUAAAGCAAUAUUGAUGUUGAUGGAAA